AUGGCAAGCGGUUUGUUUACAUUUGCAAGUCUCAACUGUAGAAAUGUUAAGCGUUGUGUUGACGGUGUCAAACACUUAUGCAAAACAUGUGUUGUAAUUGCUCUCCAGGAGACAUGGCUGUUGCCGGACGAGAUUCCAUUUUUGAAUGGCAUUGACGACAAUUUCUGUGCGACGGGAACAUCGGCUGUUGAUACGACAGUGGGGAUGUUGCGCGGGCGACCACACGGCGGCGUCGCGCUGCUGUGGAAUAGUGCCGUUUUUCACGACGUCUCGGUUGUGCAGUGCGAUAAUCCGCGUUUAUGCGCAAUUAAGGUAGUGACGGACGACCGUCCGAUUAUAGUUAUUAGUGUGUAUAUGCCAACGAAUAGUGCGGACAACCUAACGGAGUUUACGGAUUGCCUCGGUGCGGUGAGUGCUAUUGUUGAUGAAUACGGGAUUGAAUCUGUUUAUAUAAUGGGUGAUUUCAAUGCCCAUCCAGGUGAACUGUUUUUCCGUGAAUUAAUGAAUUACUGCAACGAUCUGGAUUGGUGUUGUAUGGACACACUAAAACUAGGUAUUGACUCGGGAACUUAUACUUUCAUAAGUGACGCUCAUAAGUGUAGACGGUGGUUAGACCACUGUGUUACGACACAGUCUGCGCUUUCAUCUGUGCAUGAUGUUUACGUUAAUUAUAAUGUGACCUGGUCCGACCAUUUUCCACUUAUGUUACAGUGUAAUUUAAAACUACUUACACCCAGGUUAAACAGAUUAAUUGGCGUAUCUAAUCAAAACGUAAUAUGGGGACAGAGAGGGUCGGAGCAAAUAAGCCGUUAUAAAGAAGAGUGCAACAGUUUGUUAAAAUGUAUUGACUUCCCUAUUGAGCUUACACAUUGUGCCGAUAAAUAUUGUAGUGAAAUAAGCCAUAGGAAAGUCCUAGACACUCUGUAUAAAAAUAUUGUGUCUGCCCUCUGUGUGGCUGCGACGCGAACCGCAAGUAGGAAGCGUAAGUCCAAGAAACAGAUAGUGGGGUGGAAUAGGCAUGUCAGCGAUGCGCACAGGGCUGCGAGAGAGAAAUUUCAUGAGUGGACACUUUGUGGUAGACCGGAAGGUGGCAGGUUAUUUAAUGAGAUGUGUAAAGGUAGAUUCUUCCAUUUCUUCUUGGAGCAGCACCCUGGCCGGCGUUCCGCAAGGCGGUGUGCUGUCGCCCUCUAUUAUUUUCCAUCUUCAUCAACUCCAUUACUACUAAUAUUUCUUCUUCUUACCACCUCUAUGCCGACGACCUCCAAAUUUACUCUCAAUGCGUAA